GUUACCCGAAUAACUGGUGUGUGAGUUAAAAGCUAUUAAUUUUUGGGCUUGCUUGAGGGUUGCAGAUUUGCCAACGUUAUUUUGACACGUAGGCUGCUAGUGCGCGUCUCGUGAGUAAGUCACUAGGUUCAGUUUCAACCUUGGCGAUAAUAGCUUUGAGGAAGAUGGGGAAGAUAUUGAUCUUGGUCGUGGUAUUCUGUGCUUGCAAUGCACAAAUUCGAGAACUGCCUAAAGGAGAACCAAACACAGUUGGUGGCAAAAAUAUUAAGUUGCGAAUGCCAGGGAUAAUUCCUCAGAAGAAUGAUGAUUACUUGUGCUCAGCAUUUGAUGCAAGGGAUGAACAAUUAUAUAUAACUCAAUUCAAAAUUGAAGGAAGUGCAGACAGAGCUCACCAUAUGCUUCUUUAUGGUUGUGGAGAUGUCCCAUCAAAAGAAAUCUAUUGGGACUGUGGGCAUCAUGGUGUGUGUAGAGGACAUUCAAGUAUUAUGUUUGCCUGGGCAAAAAAUGCCCCACCAACUAGUUUGCCACCUUCAGUUGGAUUUCGUUUUGGAGGGCAGGAUUCUUCAGUCAAAUAUCUGGUGCUUCAAAUCCAUUAUGCACACCCUUUGCCGCCUGGAGAAAAAGACUACAGUGGAAUGGAUAUUGAUGUGACAAGUGAAGAGCAAAAAUAUAUUGCAGGUAUAUUUUUACUAAUUGGAGGAGCAAUUAUUCCACCAUUUAUGCCAAAGGUUCAUGCUGAUGCCUGUUGCAAAGUUAGCGUUCCGGCACCCAUUCAUUUAUUUGCCUACCGAACACACGCACACGCCUUGGGACGUGUCAUUACAGGCUACAAGCUAGGAAAAGAGAGCGGGCAGGUAGAGGAACUUGCACGAGGAAACCCGCAAUGGCCACAAGCAUUUUAUGGCAUGCCCCGUGUAUUCGACUUGGAAUCGGGUGAUAUAAUUGCAGCGAGAUGCACCUACAAUUCCACCAACAAAAACACAACGACGUAUAUGGGCUCGACCGCUGGCGACGAAAUGUGCAAUUUAUACUUGAUGUAUUACACCGACGCUAGAAGGGGAACGUCAUACCAGAUUUGCACAGAACAGUGUAACCAGAAACCUUCCUUGUUUCCAAUCAACUCCGAUGAACCUCUGCCUCCCAAUCCUCUGCUUGAAGAACAUGCUCUUCAUGGUAGUCAUAUUCAAGAAAAUGGAACUGUAGUAAUUUCUGACAAAAUGUCAAUUAAUCUGGAACAACUGGAAUACAACAACGUUUUUGGAACUACAGAUGAUCCGCGUAAAUCGAUCCCGGAGCCAGAGAAAAAAGCCCAAACCGAUUACAUGCUGAAUCAUGUAGUCCAUCGAAAACCUGGCUCUCUAAUUCCUACCCAAGACGAACUUUAUAACAAACAAGUCGUGGACAUGACGCAAAACCAUCUUGAAAUGAGAACUACUUUAAAGCCUGAAACAAUCCAACUCAAAACGUAUCCAGACAAAUACGUUGCAGACCCAAAAUGGUUGUCUACCAUUCAAAGUCAACCGUCAGCCGUCGCCAUCGACUCGAAAGGCAAUGUAGUCGUAUUUCAUAGGUCGAACAGAGCCUGGGGUUUCAACACUUUUGGGUUCGACAACCGUUUGGCUGAUUCAAGCAUCGGCCCAAUUGAAGACGCUACCCUAAUCUUAUUUGAUCCCAACGACAGCCAAGUAAUCAACAAAGGUGGUCAAAAAAUGUUUUAUCUCCCGCACGGCUUGACCAUCGAUCAAGAAGAUUGUUUGUGGGUCACAGACGUUGGUGCUCAUCAAGUCUUCAAACUAACUCCAUUGAGAAAAGGCACAGAUAGUUUACAAAUAUUACUAGAACUUGGCAAAAAAUUAGAACCUGGAUCGGGAGAAGGAGAUUUUUGUAAACCAACUUCUGUAGCUGUAUUACCCAGUGGGGAAUUCUUCGUUGCUGAUGGCUAUUGCAACUCGAGAAUUAUCAAGUACACCAAGGCAGGAAUGAAGAUUUCUGAAUGGAAGGCAGUGACAACGAGUCCCAUGAAUGUUCCCCAUUCGCUAACGUUGGUGCCUGAAAGAGAUAUGAUUUGUGUUGCGGAUCGAGAAAAUGGCCGGAUUCAAUGUUUCUCGAUUACGGACGGUCGACUACAAAUGGUUUUAAAAUUUCCGGAAUUUAGAAGUACCCUAUACGCCGUCGCCUACAAGGAUGGUAACAUGUAUGCCGUCAAUGGGCCCUCUUCUUCUAAUGGGAAAACCGUCCCUGCUCAAGGAUUUGUCAUCGAUGUCAAGGGAUCGGGAGAAAUUGUUUCAUUGUUUGGAAGCAAAAUCGACACGCACUUGGGCACGCCACAUGCACUAGCCCUUGGCGCCAAUGGUUCUUCUAUCUACAUUGCCGACAUAUCUCCCUAUAGAGUUCUCAAGUUGAUAAAACAAGACAAAGACGUUACAUCACCACCAAAUAGCAUCAAUGGGAUGGUGGCUGACCAUGCUCCCGCAUUAAAAUCAUCUUCGAACGAACAUAUGAUAGAUCUAGACGUCUCGUCCUUUUCAACUUCUGUAAUCAUAAUUGCCAUCCUGGCGGUUCCGUUACUCAUACUUAUCAUCGUCUUUGCCAUCAUAAGAUUGAGACAGCGAGGUUGUUGUGCGGAGAACAAAAGGACGGCCAAACUAGAUUUGGGUAGCUUGCUUGGACACCGUGACCCCAUACGUGGUGGAUUCGAAAAACUAGCAAUGGAAGACAGCGAUGGAGAAGGAGAAAUGGAUUCAGACUCUGAGGCAGAUGUGGUUGAAUUCGCAAAGGCAAGAGCGUAGAAAAAUGUUGCGCUCUUUACAUUCUCAAAAACUACUGAUUGUUAUUUUUGUAUGACUUAUGCACAGGCCACACACUAUGUCGAAUUGGCAAGUCUGAGAUAACGUUAAUCAUAUUUUCUCGUGUAUUGAUCUGAAUCGCGAAAACUAUUAUUCCAAGUUGCGCAAACGCAAGUCUUAGACAGGAUUUUAUUUGUGAACAUUCCGUGUCACCGGUCAUUUUAAAGGCGGCCUUAUUCGCAUUAUCUAAAUUAACUAUUGUUGUGCAAUCGAAAAUUGGAAGCCAUUUUUUUCCACAAUUUUCUUUCCAUUGCUUUGAUACCUCCAAAAUUAGGACGUACAACUCUGGUAAUGGUUUUAUUUUAAUGGUUGUGGUGUUAUCAGUUCCCUUGAAUAAAACAUCAAAUAGUUUCUGUAAUAUCACACUUGUAAGAAACAAGAUUGUGACCGCCAUUCCGCUUUUUAUGGU